AUGAAUUACUUUACAUUUACAUUCAUAGUACUCCUUUUUAUCGUGCUUGCACCAUCCCCAUCCGUAGAGACAUCCGAGCCGGCGUUUGGAUACAGCGGCAAGAAAGCUCCACAGUUCUGGGGAAAUCUUUCCAAAGAAUUUGCUCUAUGUUCAACGGGUAAAAAACAAUCACCAAUAGACAUUCCCAAACACGAAUUUGCUCGUAAAUCCACACGUCCGAUCCCAUCGUUUGCGAAUGCGAGGGAUUUGGAAAUUUUCCAUAAUGGCAAUACCGUUGAAAUUGGCACUGAAAAUGAAGAAGAGGAACUUCCUGUACGCAUAACGAUCCGUGGCAAAGAAUAUCAAAUGCUGCAAAUGCAUUUCCAUACUCCCAGUGAACAUCGUGUUGAUGGGAAACAUUUCGAUGCGGAGGGCCAUAUGGUAUUCAGUAGAAAAGACCGUUAUAACAAUACAAAAAUUGCAGUUGUUGCCAUACUUUUUGAGAUGAGCGAUUAUGAAAAUGAGUUUUUAGUACCAAUAACUAAAACGCUGCCGAUGAAGAUACAUGACAAGAAAAAAAUCGAAAAAGUGGAAUUUAAACAGCUUUUGUGUGAUCUUAAGGAGCUUAAACAGACCUACAAUUACGUUGGAAGUCUCACGACACCUCCGUGCUCUGAAGGUGUAAAGUGGUACAUAAAUCGUAAGGUCCAACCCAUUUCUUUUUAUCAAUUUAAACAACUUCGUGAAUCAAUCGGGUUCAAUGCACGAUUUACUCAAUUACGUUAUUUUGCACGUGAGUUUGGCAGAAGAGGUGUACUAUAG